ACUGCUUCUGAGGCCAGUCAGCCCGCGAGCUAGCCAACUGAGCAGUAAGUUAGCCUUAAGCUAACGUUAGCCUAGCGCUCGUUUGUUUUUGUUUGGCCAGCGUGGAAAUACCCAUGGUAUAUGGUCCGUGCUUUUCUCCCAGCCAUCACCGUCCUCAUUCCUCUCUGGCUGACGGAGGGCAUGCUGGGUCCUGUGCGAGUGACUGUCAUCUCUGGAUUGCUUUGUGUGCCUUGAAUUCUGUGUUGUGUGGCUGUUUUGGACUGGUCUUUUGGGGUUUGCUGAGAUGAGAUGGGAGGCCUGCAGGGCACGUUUGCUGUCUGGUGGUUGUUAAGCCCGUGCACUCUCUGUUUCUGCCUGUCUGCCCUUCUCUCUCCCUCUGUCUGCGUCUCUCCCGCUCUUUCUCUGUGCCUUUGUCUCCCUCUCUGUCAGUUCGUCUGUCUCUCUCUCCCUGUCCAUAUCUUUCUUUUAAUCUCUUAUUUUUGUUGGAGUCUCCCCACGGGACAGGUACGGCCGGGCCCUGGGUCUGUACCUCAGCUGCGGGGCUCCGCUCCUCUCAGGACCGGGUCACGUGGCACCCUUAGAAAGAUGAGCAACAACACAGGAAUCCCUUUGCUGAACAGGCCUCGGCUUGAGCCAAGGAUUACAUAAACCAGCUGUGCCUCCCCUACUUCACCCGAUCCCCUCCUCUUUAUUUUCUCUGUAUCUCUGUCUCUUUCUUCCCAUCACUUUCCCGACUUUCCAUCCCUUGCCAUUUUUGUGCCCCCCCCAACAAUCUGAAUUAAUUUUGAAGGAUUGUGUAACAUAUGCGCCUGGGGUUUAUGUCCAGCCCAGGGUUUAUAAACCUGUCAACAACACGGAUGGAUUAAACACACGCAUACACAAGGAUGCUCACUUGCACGCACAAACACACACACACAAACUGACAGUGCCUUGAAGACAUUCUGAAAAAUUAAAAUACAAAUCCACUUCAAAUGAUACACACAUUGAUCUAUAGCCACACAGUAAUACUUGUAAAUACACUCGCAUUCACAAGAUGACACUUUUAAGACAAUAAUUGUUUUGCUGUAUCUAUUGUCAAUGCUGUGUUUGGCAUGUUUUUUCGUCCGUUUCAAGUAGCCCAUGAUGGGCCGUUAUGGUUUCAAGUAGCCCAGUGUUCACUCUGAUUUUGUCCCCCUAUUCAGUCAUUUCAUGACGGAUCUCAUUUUACAGCGGAAAUCAUGUUUUCCCUCCAUUCCGCGCACCUUUUUCCGUCAAUUAAAAUGAGCAAUGUGACUCAGCCCAGGGAACUGUGGUGUUUCAGAAGGCCAGCACUCUGGAAAUUCUCCCGGCUCUUCAUGGGCCUACAUCCAGAGACCCGGCCUCAGAGGAACAAGAUGUAGCCUCUGUCCUCACCUGCCCUCAGUCAUCUCAGGCCAACCAUGCUGUUUGUUCUGCUGCUGGUCUUUCAACUCGAGACCAAUGCCCAGAUAGACCCAGCACACUGUCGCUAUCCUCUGGGCAUGGAGGAUGGCCGGAUCAAAGACCAUGACAUCACCGCUUCCAGCCAAUGGUACGAGACUACGGGACCGCAAUAUGCCAGGUUGAACCGGGAGGAGGGGGAUGGGGCCUGGUGCCCGGCGGGGCUCCUCCAGCCCUCUGACACCCAGUACCUGCAGGUGGACCUGGGCCAGCUCACCUUCCUGACAGUGGUGGGCACACAGGGCCGCUACGCACGGAACUCGGGCAACGAAUUUGCCCGCAUGUACCGCCUGAACUACAGUCGUGAUGGCCUGCUCUGGAAGUCCUGGAAGAAUCGCCUAGGCGACAAGAUAAUGAAGGCCAAUGACAACUCCUACGCCUCUGUGAUCAAAGACCUCCACCCCCCGGUCAUCAGCCGCUUCAUUCGCCUGAUCCCUGUCACCCAGGUCCCGAACACUGUGUGUAUGAGGGUGGAGCUCUAUGGCUGUCCCUGGCAUGAUGGCCUGAUAUCAUACAGCUCUCCCGAAGGUCAGCAGAUGUACAGCUCUCCUGGGUACCCCAUAGUCAGCCUCAACGACUCCACAUAUGACGGUGUCCACGAGCGGAGGAAACUGUCAGGCGGGUUGGGCCAGCUGACGGACGGUGUGAUUGGUCAGGAUGACUUCCUGGUGACGCGGCAGUACCAUGUGUGGCAGGGGUACGACUACGUGGGGUGGAAGAACGGGAGUCUCGGCUCUGGCCACGUGGAGAUGGAGUUUGUCUUUGACAAACAAAGGAACUUCACCUCCAUGAAGGUGCACUGCAACAACAUGUUCCAAAGUGGGGUGAAGAUAUUUUCCUCCGUGUCGUGCUCUUUCAAGCCCCGCCUCCUGGCCAACUGGGAGGCGGAGCCGGCGGAGUUCCACACGGUGCUGGACGACCGCAACCCUAGCGCUCGCUACGUCACGGUGCCCCUGGGCCGGCGGACCGCCAAGGCCCUGCGCUGCCGCUUCACCUUCGCCGACAUGUGGAUGAUGUUCAGUGAGAUCUCUUUCCAGUCAGUAAACACAGUAAUUCCUACUCAGAUGACCCCAGUGGUGACCUCUGCCUGGCCCAAUGAGGAGAGCUCUAUGCCCACCACCCAAAAGACUGGUAACCUUCCAUCGCUCUCCUGUCCCUUUUUCUCCGGGACAAAGAUUCUCCUAGCAACCAACCCAUCAGUGGAAGGCCAACCGGACAACGGGAACACGCCUGUUCUGAUUGGCUGUCUGGUGACGAUCAUCCUGUUACUGGUGGUGAUCAUCUUCCUGAUCCUGCGGUGCCAGUAUGUGUGUAAGGUGCUGGAGAAGGCUCCCCGCCGUAUCCUGGAGGAGGUCACUGUGCGCCUGUCGUCCAGCAGUGACACUGUCAUUCUGCAGACCCCUCCGGUACCCCCCCGGGUUUCUCAGAUGGACCCUCCAUAUGAGCGCAUCUUCCUCCUGGACCCCCAGUAUCAGGACCCGGCGGCUCUCCGGAACAAACUGCCCGAACUGUCCCAGAGUGCCGAGGCCUCAGCAUGUGGCGGGGGCUACGCGGAGCCCGACGUCACCCAGUGCACCCCCCACCAGUGCUUCCAUAACAGCGUGCCCCAUUACGCGGAGACGGACAUCGUGAGCCUGCAGGGCGUCACGGGCAGCAACAUGUACGCCGUGCCCGCACUCACCGUCGACUCGCUCACCCGCAAGGACAUCUCCGUGGCCGAGUUCCCCCGCCACCGGCUGUUCUUCAGGGAGAAACUGGGCGAGGGCCAGUUCGGAGAGGUCCACCUGUGUGAGGCGGAGGGUCUGCCCGAGUUUCUGGGGGAGGGCGCGCCGCUUCCCGACCGUGACGGGCGCUCCGUACUCGUGGCGGUGAAGCAGCUGAGGGCGGACGCCACAAACAAUGCCAGGAACGACUUCCUGAAGGAAAUCAAGAUCAUGUCCCGACUCAACGACCCCAACAUCAUCCAGUUGCUGUGUGUAUGUGUGAGCUCGGACCCUCUGUGCAUGGUCACAGAGUACAUGGAGAACGGGGACCUCAACAUGUUUCUGUCCCAGAGGGAGAUGGAGAGCACCUUAACCCAUGCCAAUAACAUCCCCUCAGUGAGUCUGUCCGACCUCCUUCACAUGUCGGUGCAGAUUUCCUCGGGCAUGCGCUACCUGGCCUCCCUGAACUUUGUGCAUCGGGACUUGGCCACACGCAACUGCCUGCUGGACCGCCGGCUGACCAUUAAGAUAGCGGACUUCGGCAUGAGCCGGAACCUGUACAGCAGUGACUAUUACCGCAUCCAGGGCCGGGCCGUGCUGCCGAUCCGUUGGAUGGCCUGGGAGAGCAUCCUACUGGGAAAGUUCACCACGGCCAGCGACGUGUGGGCCUUUGGCGUCACCCUGUGGGAGAUAUUCACCCUGUGCAAGGAGCAGCCCUACAGCCUGCUGUCCGACGAGCAGGUCAUCGAAAACACUGGCGAGUUCUUCCGAAACCAGGGCAGGCAGAUCUUCCUCUUCCCUCCUCCCCUCUGCCCCUCGUCCCUGUUUGAGUUGAUGAUGCGCUGCUGGGACCGCGACAUCGCCGAUCGACCCACCUUCGAAGGGCUGUACCAAGCCUUGCGACCGCAUGUGGCCCUGUGACCUUUGAACCCCGGUAAAACCGCCGGGUUGUCACGAACGAGAGGUCCAUUCAGCCUGAAUUCUCCUCCUACUCCUCCUCUGACUAGCUGAUGGAAAGGCAAGGAUGCAGCUGAACUGGCGGACAGACGGCUUCAACGCGGACUGAUAAUGGAUGCAGCGGCAUUUUUAUAUUGAGAGCGCAAAAAGUGGAUCGAGAUCUCCCGUUUUUACUUUUGGAAAAUAAGGACUUCCGUCAUUUUUUAAAUUUUCUUUUAUAAAUCCAUGAAAAGCUCUCACCCUUCUGUCUCUGUUGCGGUUUGUGUAAAUGUACAUUUUCUUCCGGUGUUUUGUGUUUUACCUAAAACUAGGCCUAGUAAGUAACCAACUGGACAGAUGCUUUUGUCUUGGUUUUGUGUUUUUUGUCUUGUGAAGCACUGCUGCCUUGAUGUUUUUCAUUUAUCCCAGAUAUUUUCAUCUAUUAACCCCACACUGGACUUAGGAUGUGAUUUAUUUGUUUUACUCAGAUUUUAUUGUCCUUCUUUAAUAUGAAUGUUAUACAAGUCUGUUUGGAUGUGCCCAGGUCACUAGGAGGCCUUUGGCUGAAGCAGAACUACUGUACGAUCAUAGCUGGAACAGAACCCUGGCAUCAGAGGGGGUUGUGGAGCCACAAUGGACUGAUGAUGAGCGUUGGAUAGCACUGUCCCCCUGGAAAUACCACCCCAAGCUGUGCAGCAUUAUUAGCUAGAAAUAUGCUUAGAUAGCAUUAGCGUUAUAUUAGGCAGAAAUAUGGUUAGUUAGCAUUAGCGUUAUUAGGCAGAAAUAUGGUUUGUUAGCAUUAGCGUUAUUAGGCAGAAAUAUGGUUAGUUGGAAAUAAAGUUAUUAGCUAGCAUAAGUGAUUUCCACUUACAGAGAUGGAGUCGUCUGGUUGAGUGGCUGGAGACCAUAACUCUGGGCAUCCCGGGCGUUAGUGCUUUCUGGCCACCGCUCCAACCAUCAAGGCCUCAUUCAGUUUAAUGGGGAUGCUCAUUCUAAUGGUCACAUUGUCAUUGUAGCUGGCUUGUAUAGAACUCAUGUUGCAGCUUGAUCAGCGGCCAGGUAUUACAUUUAGGGAUAUAGAACAUCUUUCCUGGAGUGUCCUUUGAGAGAUCAAUGUUGUCACAAAAACCCCAUUCCCCAAGUGAUAUGGCCCAGUAUUUUAAAGUCAUCUUUUGUGUUGUUAUAUCAUCAAUUAGGAGCAUUAUCAUGUCAGAGACUGGGACAAAAGAUCUCAUAAUUGAAUUAAGCUUUUGACGUUUCACCUGUUGACAUUUUUUAUGUAAUUAACAUUGUCAUACAAUACAGGGAUUCUUGAAAUUAGGGACAAUUUGAAUUUUUCUCUAAAAAAUUGAUAAUAUAGUCUGACUCUACAAAAUUCACCUGUAAAAGCUGGACAAGUGUCGACUUGACUUUCAAGAAUCCCUGUGUUGUUCAUCUGUACUGUAUCUCUCGGUUGUUUUUGUUUAAGGCAUGUGCCUUUUGGCUGGUGGGGUGGCGCUCCACGGAUACGUUCCCAUGAUGCACUGGGGGGAUCGAAUUUCCGAGUGGAAGUGGUUCAACCGGGAGAUCUUCAGAUGCCCAGUUGUGCAAUCUGCAACACAUGGAGAGGGGAGGGGUGGGGCGGGUCGGAGCGUAAGGAAACCACUAAACUCAGUCUCCCAGAGGCCUUUGCUUAAGUGAGCCUAUGUUAGCUAUUGUUAUUGUUGGUAGUGAUUUAUCCCUUAGUGCUGGUCAAUGUCCUGGCCACCAUCGGUUGGCUUAGGAUAGCUGAAAGCGGAUUGUUGACCUGAGCUUUGUAGCAGUUCCUCUUUGGACUGUCUUUCUCUUGCUUUUUCGGAAGACAUGGAAGCACAACUGUGGUAAACUGGUUGAGGAGUACUUUGUGUGCACAGUGGUUAAGAGUUUGUGUCGCUAUACGAAACGUUUGUGUAAGUGUGUGUGUGAGUAUGAAACCCCGGGUGUAAGUAUGUGAAGGCGUGGCGGAUGGUGAUUGGUGAUUGAUCUAGUGUCAGGUGGUAGGGGAAACUCCUUGAUCUUCUCUUUUCUAUUCAUCACUUCAGUUUAUAAACUCUGUGGCUGACUUGUACAUAGUGUAGUCAGAGUAGAUUUGUAUAGUAAUAUAUUGGGAACUGAGAAGUGCACUCUGGUCCCAUGACAGUUUUCUUUUCUAUCUUUUACUUGUUUCGUUUCUCAUAUUAAAAUCCAACUUGACAAAAUGUA